CUCCCCUUCUGGGUGCUGGUAUCCAUGGCAACACUCUAGAGCCUUUCUUUCCCUAGGCCUCAGGUGAGCUUUGGGGGUAAGGCCCUGGGCCUGGGAGCAUCACAGGCAAAGGACCAGUCCCUCUGGGGACGCUUGCGUAGGUUGAGGGACAGGACCUCAGGUCCUAGAAGACAAGGGUGUCGGGAAAGAGAACAGGAAAUGUGCAAACAUUCAGGUGACAUGUUGCCUGGGGUGGGGGGUGACCUGCUGCCUUUUCCUGGUCCAAAACACACAGAUAUGGGCACACAUGUGACCAGCAGGCUGGUGUCCCAUGGGGUGCGUGCGCACAUGCACACAGACCUCUUUGGAGUGGUACUGUCUGGGGCUGUCAGACAUAGGCACACACUCAUGGCCAUCUGAGAACUCUACAGGGGUAUCCACACGUAGGACACAAGGAUGACAGCCACACCAUCCCUCUCAGCUCCCCCAGGAACAUCGAGAAUGGCCCCUGAGUCUUGCCAAGAGGCUAAAGAAGCCGAGAAAGAGGCUCCCUUAUCCCUGGUGGGUCAGGAGCCGGUCAAUGGCCACCUGCAGCCUCCAGCUGGCACACCCCAAGAGGCAGUGGCUCCCUCAUGCCCACAGGACAUCAAGCCCAGCUCUACACGGGUGGUCUUCUCUGUCAACCUGCAGUCGGCCCCUGAGUCUCUGGACCCUCGCACCCUGCGGCUGCUGUGGCGUCAACGGGAUCUAGAGAUCCAGGCUCUGCGGUGGGCCAUCCAGAACCACCAUGAUGCCCGGCACUGCCACGUCCUGCACGAGGUGGCUGGACUUCCACCUGAGAGGAGUGCAUGCAAUCAGGAAAAGGUCCUGCAGAACCAGGUGCAAAAGCUGACUGUGCAGUUGAAAGAGCAGAAGGAACAGGCCCAGCUGGUGAGGGCAGGUGGGAUCGGGGAGUUGGGCAGGGGACCUGAGCUGGGGUGAGGAUCAGGGGCCAGG